AUGCCGGCAGCGGACCCGCUAGCCGUUAAUUCGGGUGGCAUUGACGCAGACAGCGAGUCGGACGCGCCGCUGUCGGCGGCGUCGCAGCAGCUGCUGCUCGACACGCUCUCGCGCCUCCACGCGGACGACUCCGCGCAGCCUUCCGCUGCAGCCGCCGAAGGGGAUGACGUGGAGGACGAUGAUUGGGCGGAAGAGGAUGGCGAUGUGGAAGAAGAGGUGCUGGACGCGCUCGAUUGGCUGGACCUGCGAGAAGAUCUCGCGUCGCGAGGCAACACUGGCGGCGGCGCGUUCGGCGGCGGUUUCUCUGCGGCGCGGCGGCCGAACGCCUUCGGGGGGCAGCUGAAUCAGGCGCACGCGAACGCCCGCGCGGCGGCGUUUGGGGGCGCGGGGAAGGGCAGCGGAGGGGGAGCAGGAGUGGGAGGCGCGGCGGGGGCGAUGCAGCCGCGGGUGAACAAGCAGCAGCGGCUGACCGCGCGAGUCAACGCCGCGCCCAUGCGAGAUUGGGGUGACAGCUGUCAACCGAACAUGGCGAAUGUGGUGAUGACAGCUGUGCGCGACACGAACAAGCGGCAAGAGCAGGGCCAGUCGCGGUUGAAGGAGAAGGCAGACCGCGCCACAGUGGAACAGGUGCUGGAUCCGCGCACGCGCAUGGUGCUGUUCAAGAUGCUCAACCGCGGGGUCUUCUCGCAGAUCAACGGCUGCCUCUCCACCGGCAAGGAGGUAAGAUCAACGGCUGCCUCUCCACCGGCAAGGAGCGAAUGUAUACCAUUCCACUCAACUGCCAUUCCACUCAACUGCUAUCGUGCCACGCCUCAUGCCCCCUCCCCGCCCUCUCCCCCCUGGCUCCUCUCCCCCCUGGCUCCUCUCCCCCCUGGCUCCUCUCCCCCCUGGCUCCUCUCCCCCCUGGCUCCUCUCCCCCCUGGCACCUCUCCCCCCUGGCACCUCUCCCCCCUGGCUCCUCUCCCCCCUGGCUCCUCUCCCCCCUGGCUCCUCUCCCCCCUGGCUCCUCUCCCCACCCCCCAGGCGAACGUGUACCAUGCCACGGUGGACCGCCCCUCUGCGCUGCACAUGCCCGCUGCACUGGGGAUUGGGGGGGUUAGGGAGGGGGCGGGGGUGCAGGAGGGGGGCGAGGUGCAGGCAGUGAAGGAGCUGGCAGUGAAGGAGCUGGCAGUGAAGGAGCUGGCAGUGAAGGAGCUGGCAGUGAAGGAGCUGGCAGUGAAGGAGCUGGCAGUGAAGGUGUACAAGACGUCCAUCCUCGUCUUCAAGGACCGCGAGCGGUACGUGGCGGGGGACUACCGGUUCCGGCACGGGUACAGCAAGCACAACCCUCGCAAGAUGGUGAAGGUGUGGGCCGAGAAGGAGUUCCGCAACCUCAACCGGUUGCGGGCGGCAGGAGUGACGUGUCCAGUGCCACUCAUGCUGCGCAUGCAUGUGCUCGUCAUGUCCUUCAUCGGCACGGAGGGGUGGGGAGCGCCGAGGCUGAAGGACGUGCAGCUGUCAGAGGGGCGGUGGAGGGAGUGCUACGGGCAGGUGGUGGAGGCCAUGUGGCGCAUGUACCGCCUCUGCCGCCUCGUGCACGGCGACCUCAGUGAAUACAACCUGCUCUACCUCCAGGGGCGCGUGUGGGUGAUAGACGUGUCGCAGUCGGUGGAUCUGGACCAUCCCCGGGCGCUCGACUUCCUCCGAGAGGACUGCGUGCACGUCACUGAUUUCUUUCGGCGGAAGGGCAUGGCGGUGCUGACGGUGAGGGAGCUGUUUGACUUUGUCACGGACCCCGUCAUGCCGGAGAACCUCGUGGACGACUGCCUGCACAAGUUGCAAGAGAGGGCAGCCAGCAGGCCGUUGGAGCCAACAGCACAGGAGGCCAUCGCUGAAGCCGUCUUCCUGCAGUCGUUCAUACCGCAGUCACUGGAUCAGGUGAAGGACGCGGAGAAGGACAUCCGCCGCAUCGCCUCCGCCACCAGGGCAGCAGCGCAGCACCUCGCAGCGGCACAGGGCCGGGGGGAUGCAUCCAGCAGCACGGAGCUGGGGGCAGCACAGGGUGAAGGAGGAGAGCAAGGCGGGGCAGUGGGUGCAGCGGCAGACGCAGCACCUGGCAGCAGCAGCAGCAGUGCAGCAGCAGCUCCAUCGUCGGUGGCGCCCCCUCUGGAGGGCAUCUUCUACCGCUCGCUGCUGGGGCUCAAGGAGGACCUCUCUGGCGUGCGCACCCUGCCCGACAUCCUGCAGGCCGCCCAGGGGGGCUGCGGUGCGGAAGGGCGGCGAGAGGGCGGGCAGGAGGGCGAGGAGAGCGCAGGGGUAGUGAGGGCGGGAGGGGAGGGGGUUGACGGGGAGGAAAGGAAGGAGAGUGAAAGGGGUGGUGAAGGGAUGGUGCCGCGCGACCAGCGUGGGGGAGCAGAGGGGAUGGAGGGCAGGGAGGAGCAGCAGAGCGAAGAGGGGAGUGAGGAGGGGAGCGAGGAGGGAAGUGAUUUGUCAGAGGAUGAGGGAGGUGAGGAGGGAGGGAGGCGGGGUAGGGGGGGAGCAGUGAGCAAGGAGGAGGUGAGGGCGGCACGCAAGGAGAACAAGAAGAAGGUGAAGGAGGAGAAGCGUGUGGCUCGACUCACCAAGGUGCCCAAAGCUGCCAAGAAAAAAAAGCAGAAGGCAGCGCAGAGCAAGAAGCGAUGA